UCAUGGCCGCCCCCAGUGCGCAGCAUCCGGGGCCUUGAGGAGGUUGCUCUGACCCGCGGCUCUGCCACAGCGGGCGAGCCGUCUGCGCUCACUAGCUCAACUCUGCCCCGGAGAGGGAACCAUGGGGACGGUGCACGCCCGGAGUUUGGAGCCUCUGCCAUCAAGUGGGCCUGACUUUGGAGCAUUGGGAGAAGAAGCGGAAUUUGUUGAAGUUGAACCUGAAGCUAAACAGGAAAUUCUGGAAAACAAAGAUGUGGUGGUUCAGCAUGUCCAUUUUGAUGGACUUGGGAGAACUAAAGAUGAUAUCAUCAUUUGUGAGAUCGGAGAGGUUUUUAGGGCUAAAAACCUCAUUGAGGUAAUGCGGAAAUCUCAUGAAGCCCGUGAAAAAUUGCUUCAUCUAGGAAUUUUUAGACAAGUGGAUGUCUUGAUUGAUACGUGUCAAGGUGAUGAUGCACUUCCAAAUGGGCUGGACGUUACCUUUGAGGUGACUGAGCUGAGGAGAUUAACAGGCAGUUACAACACCAUGGUUGGAAACAAUGAAGGCAGCAUGGUACUUGGCCUCAAACUCCCUAAUCUUCUAGGACGUGCAGAAAAAGUGACUUUUCAGUUUUCUUAUGGAACAAAAGAAACUUCUUAUGGCCUGUCCUUCUUCAAGCCACAGCCUGGAAACUUCAAGAGAAAUCUCUCUGUGAACUUGUACAAAGUCACCGGACAGUUUCCGUGGAGCUCACUGCGGGAGACAGACCGAGGAGUGUCUGCCGAGUACUGCUUUCCCAUAUGGAAGACCAGCCACACUGUCAAGUGGGAGGGAGUGUGGCGGGAACUCGGCUGCCUCUCCAGGACUGCUUCCUUUGCUGUGCGGAAAGAAAGUGGACACUCACUGAAAUCCUCUCUUUCGCAUGCUAUGGUCAUCGACUCUCGGAACUCAUCCAUCUUACCAAGAAGAGGGGCCUUGCUGAAGGUUAACCAGGAACUGGCAGGCUACACUGGAGGGGAUGUGAGCUUCCUAAAAGAAGACUUUGAGCUCCAGCUGAAUAAGCCACUCAUGCUAGACUCAGUCUUCUCAGCAUCUCUCUGGGGUGGAAUGUUGGUGCCCAUUGGUGAUAAACCAUCGAGUAUUGCCGAUAGGUUUUACCUUGGAGGACCCACAAGCGUCCGUGGAUUCAGCAUGCACAGCAUUGGGCCCCAGAGUGAAGGAGAUUACCUGGGCGGGGAGGCGUACUGGGCUGGUGGCCUGCACCUGUACACCCCGCUGCCUUUCAGGCCAGGGCAGGGCGGCUUUGGAGAGCUUUUCAGAACCCAUUUCUUCCUCAACGCAGGGAACCUCUGCAACCUCAACUAUGGGGAUGGCCCCAAAGCUCACAUUCGGAAGCUGGCUGAAUGCAUCCGCUGGUCGUAUGGAGCUGGGAUCGUCCUCAGGCUCGGCAACAUCGCUCGCUUGGAACUUAAUUACUGCAUCCCCAUGGGCGUGCAGAGGGGCGACAGGAUAUGUGAUGGCGUCCAGUUUGGGGCUGGAAUACGGUUCCUGUAGCUGGUACUUCUGCAGGAGCAGCUCUGGGACCGGCCAGCAGGAAUCGUGCCUGCCAUGUGUCUGCUCAGGGUAGACACAGUUGACAGUUCUGGGCCGCCGUCCUCGUUGGAAACCAUGUCAAUAAAUUUUAAAGACAAACACUCAGCUGCGUGGUGGAUCUGGUCUGCUUUCUCCAGCCACGUGUCCCACGCUGGCUUUUUUAAAGGACCCACCAGCUGGCAUUCUCUCACCUGUGUCCUCCCAGGCCUCAGGGCUUUCAGACAAUCGUUAAAU